AUGCUGAGCGGUAUUACGACGUCAGGAACGCGGAUUCGUCGGCCAGCCCUCGGUCCCAAGUGAAAGUCCCGCAGGAUUCCUGCACCCGACUCGCCCAAGAGACUGGAGGCUCGGUGUAUUCGCUGACGCGCCUGGCGGCACUCGCGGAGGAAUCCGACAAGCGGAGGUUCUUGGAGAGCCUCGGCGACCGGGUCGUGGAAUCCGUGGAGAAGGUCGCUCGUCUCUGUCACGCCUGCACCUGCAACGCCGACUUCCUCGGUCACCCUCACGAGGACUGCCGACUCUGCACCCCCCUCACGCCCAACACGGUGCGUUUUCGUUCAAGCAUCUAAAUUGCUGAUGCUGGGAAGCAUGAGU